AUGAGCGCCACGGACGACGGCGACCGCCGCAUCGAUCGCAUCGAGGGAACCGCCAUCCCGCUGCGGGGCAACAACAUCGACACCGACCGGAUCAUCCCGGCGCGGUUCCUCAAGUCGAUCACAUUCGAGGGUCUCGGCGCGCAUGCGUUCGAGGACGACCGCCGCUCGAUGCCGGACCAUCCGUUCGCGAAUCCAGCGUACGCCAGCGCCUCGAUCCUGAUCGUCAACGAGAACUUCGGCUCCGGCUCGUCGCGGGAGCAUGCCCCGCAGGCGCUCAAGCGCCGCGGCAUCGGGGCGUGCGUCGGCCAGUCGUUCUCCGAGAUCUUUCUCGGCAACGCGACCACCAUCGGCCUGCCGUGCGCCACCGCGGCCGCCGGCGACAUCGAAUUCCUGAUAGCCGCCGCCGAGCGCGACCCGGAGGCCGGUAUGGUCCUGAACAUCGAAACACUGUCGAUCGCGCGGCCGGCCGCACGCUGCCGGUCGGCAUGCCCGCCGGCGUCCGCGAAUCGCUGCUGA